UUUCCGUUGAAGAUCGACAUGGAGGAAGUGGAGGAGACCGAGGAGAGCACUAACUCCUCUUCGAACGCGUCGUCGGUGUCCUCGGCUUCCGGCAAGAGACACUGCAUGGAAAUGCGCGUGGAGAAGCCGGUGUAUCUUCGUCAGAAAGAGAAAAUAAUUUACCCGAGGAACACGAGGACGUUGGCGAAGACCGCGGUGAUCGGCGGGAAACCGAUCGAACAGGAAACUUGCAUGACGCUAAGGGCUCUGGUUUUCGGAAGUUCUGCCAGUCAACCGAAACAGGAAUGGGCCAGAACGGGGUUAACUUUGCGGCCUUAUGGUCAAAGCUUGGCUUUCGGACUGCGAGCGCCGAGGAAUACGACGAGAGGACUCGUCACGGCUGUGCAAGCGAUCAUGCUCAAGCAUUUCCUCUUUAAAUGCAACAGACAGGACGUCAACCCGGAAAGCCUACUGAAGCCUUCCUACGAUAGGCAAAUCGACGUGCUAACAUCGUCGAUAGCCGAGAUCGUUUGGCGAUGCGCUGGAGGUUUCGUUGCGCAAAGUUCCAGUUCCACGGCGAACCAAAAUGUCGCCGGAAGUGCGAGCGUUCCUAGAGCUAUCGUUGCUUUGCCACAGGAAAUACCUUAUUUACAGCACAGUGUACAUUAUUUUCAAGACGGAUUAACAGAGACGCUUCACUUGUUCGAAUUUGAGACUCUCGACGAUCUCGAGAUAUUUGUCAAGAGAUAUUUGUAUUUGUUCCAAGAUGAGGGUGGCCCUGGUGCCUUAUUACUCUUGUACAGUGCCAUGCUUUCUAGAGGCCUUUCGAAAGUCAGAGCAGAUCUCGAAGACCAGAAAGCGUCGAUAUUAAGCGGCUGUCCGGAGGAAGGUCCUAUCAGUGCGGUGAUCCUGUUAUUAACCGGUCGCGCAUCGCCUCACCUUCACAAUGGGGUGAUGCACGUGGGGGAUGAAAACACAUACGCCGUGCCACAAUGGGGCGUGCUCGUGAGAAGCGAAAUAGGGUUUCUGGUUCAUGAGGGGGACAGCCAGAUGAAUAGGCAGCCGGGUUCCCGGCUGAAGACGCCCAGCCUGCCCAUCUGGGUCACUCUGUGUCACGGUCACCAUGGUGUCCUCUUCAACACGAACCGCGAGCUACUUCGGAAUUAUCACGCUGAACGCAGGUUCGAGGUUCAGUACUUCACGUGCGGCGGCAGCCAUGCUACUCUGACCGUGGACACCAGAUCCAAUUCGGAAAAUGACUCCGAGUACGAGGGCUCGAGCAAAGAUCUCAUGGACAUCGCUGCGACACCUUUAGAAAAGCUUAUUCGUUCCAAGUGGCAAGACGCUUGCAUACAAUGGAACGGAGCUCCCCUAAUGUGAACGCUACACUUUCACCCGCGUCCCUCUGCGUGGGUUGUUGCACAAGUUUCGGGAAACAAUGAGAAAAGUCACAAAUAAGUUUGAACUAA